CAGACACCGCUCCAUCGCCCCGCCCUCUCACGCACGAGCGCAGCAGCAGCAGCAAGCAACCAAGCAAGCAGCAGGAAGGGCGGACAAGCGCGGCGUGCUGGCGGUGGUGGUGGCGUUUGCGUGUGGGGAAGCUCACACGCCCCCUCCCCUCCCUCCUCCUGUCCACCACCAGCCUGCCCUCCUCCUCCCGCACCACACGCCACUCUCUCCCGAGCACCGCUGCAGCUCACGACGACGAGAAGGGAGGAGGAGGAGGAGGAAGACGAGGAGAAGGAGGAGGAGGGGACCCCGUGAGCCAGCCACGCUAUGGACGCGCCUCUGCCCACCACGGGAUCCACCGUUUUGCUGCCUCUGAGCAACAAACUCAACAUGCCCAUCGACCAGGUGAACUUCGUGAUGUGCCAGCUGCUCGCACUGGCGAUGGCGUUCUUCUUCCGCCUCUACCUGCACCCGAGGGCGGCGAGCGAGCGUGUGCGGCACGGCCUGGCCACGCUCCUCGGGUCGUACUUCGCUAUCUUCUGCUUUGGCUGGUACGCGACUCACUUCUUCGUGCAGGUGAUCGCCAGCUACGCCAUCAUCGUCCUCGUGGACACCCGCAACGUGCACAAAUACACCUUCAUCUUUGCGAUGGGCUACCUGACCGUGUGCCAAAUCAGCCGAGUCUACAUCUUCACCUCGGGGGUCUUCUCCACCGACUUCUCUGGUCCCAUGAUGGUGAUGACACAGAAGAUAACAAGCCUGGCUUUUGAGAUUCAUGAUGGCAUGAUUAAAGAAGACCAAGAUCUUACGGUGGAACAACGGAGAUUGGCCUCCAGGAGACUGCCUACUCUGCUGCAGUUUCUCAGCUUCAACCUGAACUUCCUGAGCAUCCUCGCAGGGCCCAGCAGCUCCUUUAAGGACUACACGGCCUUCAUUGAGGGCAGCCAUUACAAGGGGUGGGAGCGCAGUGGCGCGUGCGGCCGGGAGAACGGCCCCCUACAUGAGCCAUCGCCUGCGGCGGCCGUGACAUCCAAGCUGCUGAUGGUGCUGCUCUCGCUCGUCUUCUACCUGACACUCUCCAAGGCCUUCCCCGUGUCGCUCAAUGCCGACGAGGCAUUCAUCGCCUCGGCGCCGUUGCACGCGCGCCUCUGCUACCUCUACGUGUCCUGCCAGGGUGGGCGGCCCAAGUACUACUUCGCCUGGACUCUGGCGGACGCGAUCAACAACGCGGCCGGUUUUGGCUUCAACGGUUACGACAAGAACGGCCGCAGCAAGUGGGACCUGGUGUCUAAUCUCAACAUCUGGAACAUCGAGACAGCAACCAGCUUCAAAAUGUUCAUCGAUAACUGGAACAUACAGACUGCACUUUGGCUGAAACGGGUGUGCUACGAGCGAGCUGCACAACACCGAACGGUGGCGACGUUCGUGCUGUCGGCCGUGUGGCAUGGAGUCUACCCCGGAUACUACUUCACCUUCCUCACCGGCAUCCCCAUGACCAUGGCAGCUCGAGCUGUGCGGAACAACUUCCGGCACCUAUUCCUGGGCUCACGAGGCCUCAAGGUGGCGUACGACGUGGUCACGUGGGCCUCCACGCAAAUGGGCAUCGCCUACACGGUGGCGCCGUUCGUGCUGCUCGCCACUGAGCCCACGCUGCGAUUCUACAGCUCCAUGUACUUCCACUUCCAUUUGCUGUCGCUGAUGGCCGUGUUGCUGCUGCCGAGCCGACGGAGCAGCCCCAAGGGGAGCGCGGGCUCCGAGAAUGACGUCACGCCACACCAGAAGCCGCUCAACAACAACUGCUCCAACGGCUGUAACUUUGGGGUGCCGCCGGCAUCACGGUUGCCGGUGCCGCCACCGCCACGCGCCAAAAUCGAAUGAGAUCGGCCGUCCAGCACAACUAAGCAGUGAGCACGGUCCUAAGAAGCACGCCCCAUGUGGUUUUUUUUUUAUGACCGUCCCUCACAGACUCCUGCAAGGUGGGAGGAGGGGGUGAGAGGGGGUGUGGAGUCUCAUGUGGAGAGAGAGAGAGAGUGCUGGCUUUUAUUAGGGAGGGCUGGGCUUUUAGGGAGGCUGGUGGUGCUGGGGGAAAGAGAGGGGUCUGGGAGGGAGUGGGAGUAAAUGACACGACACAGAACACCAGGCUUUUAGGCCAAUGUAUUUUUUUAAAGUCCUAAAUAAUAGAAAAAUGUCACAUUCAAGCGCUGUAUUUACAAAAUUGUACUUAAAUGGUUAUGGAAUAAAAAUUGUAACAAGUGCCUUAGAUCAGCGAUUACAAAUGCCAAACCUCGAUGAGCAUCAUCCUUGGCUCGGCUCUUCGUGUUUACCAGUCUCCUCCAAUCCCCAUGCACACCAGCACAACAGAUUUAGUUGCGAGCCACUGCAUUGUAUUAAAGUGUCCUCCGACCUUCGGAGGCUGAGGAAACACGGCCGUAGUCUGUAGACCAUUAGCUUGGGGGGCAGUGUUGUUUGGCAGCACCAGUAAGUGGGGAAAAAAGUCAAAUUUUUAUUGUUCUUAGUUUGGGAAAAUUGUAUGGAAAGCCACACUAUGAAAGAUUUCAAGUGCCAAACAACCCAAAAUGUUCUUUCCUGGGCCAUCGCAAUGUGAUGAACAGUUGGAGUUUGUGGUCUAUUUGGUCUAGGAAAAAUGUAAUGAGAAAUUCUGGAAUGACAUUACCUCAUAAAACAUUUAACCAUAAGCUUACUUAUUACUAUUUUUAAUAGCAGUUGCACAUAUAUUUUGUCUUAACACCAAAACAAGACAACAUUUUUUUGUUUUAAUUACUGAAAGCAAAUUUUCUAUCAUGGAAGACUUUUAUUUACUUGGGCCUAGUUAUGCAGGCUUUGUCCUGAACAAACUCAGAGCCUUUCACACCAAAAGCGCCUUAAAAAUAGCAGUAAUAUUUUUCUAAAUACUUUAUGUAUACAAGUUGUAUUACAAUUUAAUUGUCAAACAUAGAAAAAUUGGCACGUAGGUUUAACAAACUAAUCCCACUCGAAAAGAUGUUCGAGAAACGUAGGUGUUUUUUUUAUAUACAAACAUUCGUUUAUUGAUUGCAGUACAAUCAGUUCUCAUCAGAAUAAACAAAAAAACUGUAUUAUAUCUUGAUUUAAAGCUUUCGUGACUGCAGGGAUUCAUGUUCUUGGUUCUUUCGGUAAAGUCACGUAGAAGGGAAACAAUAAAAAAUAUAUAUAACAAUAUAUUAUUAUUUUAUUGUUUCCCUUCUACGUGAUUUUACCGAAAGAACCAAGAAUAUGUAUUAUAUGUUAUUUACCACGCAGCCAUAUUUUAACAUUUAUUUUAAAUGUAAACUUGACCUAUGAACUACGAUGAAAAUUUGCUGCGAGGUCCAAUGCACAGUUGAUUUAAAUCCUGUGCUGAGUAUUAGCAGAACUAGUUUAUAGGUUAUUUUACUUGAGAGUUGUCCAAUUUAAAUUCAUCAAGAGAUGAAUUGCUGAUCUGUGACAAAAAUAUUAAUUUAAACAUCUGCAGUAAUGUUUUAAAAUGUGUACCAAUAAUUCCAAUAACUUUUAUUGAGGGAUUGAAGUUAUUAUUCAUUUUAAGGGACUAUUCACAUUUUCUCACAAACGUGGGACUCGAAAAAGCUAAAACAAUAUUAGGACAACGUAUUUACAUCUUAUGCUUCUUUCACUUCUGCAAAUUGCAUUUUUUUUAUUCCUUCUAAACCUCAAUUUGCCAUCUGGAUUCUAUAUAAAAGUAAACCUCUCACAACCCAGCCUUUAUGUAUGACUCUAGCAGUCUCAUGCUCACAAGAUUGGCUGCUUGUCUCACAGGACCAGAUUCAUGACAGCUGAACAGAUUUAUUAAUUGGAUAUAAAUUAAUAAGCCACCUCUUCCAAAUUGGGCUGCUGUCAACAGUCUCUGCAGCCCACCAUCUGGCCAGCUGUGCCUCUACACCUUCCCACUUUCUUUUGUAGCAUUUUCCCCGCAGUGUAGCAGGGGUCGGAGGGGCAACAACCCCUCCACGCCAAUGUCUCGUUGUCCUAAUGUUCCGAUGGCUUCUCAAACAUGAAGAAAAGACGGCUGUUACGCGAAUGACCACUAAUUGUUUGCCAAGCGCGUUCGUACAACGCCCGGCCACCACGGCAUAGGGCCCACCGCGACGACGCGCUCCGUAACGAUGAGAGCCCCUUCGUCGCCGAGUGCCGAUCUCCGGCGAGUGACGCGACGGUAGAGGGGAUGGAGUUUCUGGCAACGCGCGUUUGGUCGUGCCGUGGAGCGCGGGGGGAGGGUGUCGUGGUGUUUUUUUUAUUUUGCACGUUGUGACGUUGCUACGACUCUAGUAACCUUUACCUCAGACAGGCCGGUUGCGGUUACCGUUUUAUUUUUGUAUCUUUCUCGUUAGAGGUGCGUCUGUUUGAACCUUUGGCUGUGCAGAUGCUCCGUUACUUAAGAACGUGUUCAAUGAAAUUCAGCAGAAACAGAUUACUUAUACGACUGACGGAUACAAGCACUCAUGUUAUGUGAUAUCUCACACUCUGUUAAGUGUCUGUUUUGCUGAGUAGUGAAUGCGCUGUCACCACGGAGCCUUUUUAAUGGCGUCGGUGGUUUGAUUCCUGCCAUUGUCGCCUGGUAAUUUCUCCGGCAAAUUUAACUAAAGUGAGCAGUGCCCUCAGCUGGCUGCAGCACUUUGAGACUAGAGGCCUAGUUUGUGUUGGCAGAAAGGCAUUUUUUUGUAGAUUUUUCCUUAUAAAGUGGCCCGAUUGCUAUUAUUCUUUGCCUGUUUAGCCAUUUUUAUACUGUAAAUUCUGAAAAAAGUUUCCGUCAGCACAUUAUUGAGGCCCUGGGAUGUCAAAAGGCGUUUUAGUAAUGAGGUUAUGCUAAUUAUUGCUGUGUCUAUUGAAAUGAAAUAAUGUUUAUGAUCAAAAAUCAAUUAGUAUUCAGUAUUCCCCUUCACACAUCCGUGACUGAGUGCUGUAGACUAACAUCCAGUGUGUGUGUGCCCAUGUAAUAAUGAAGCACUCACUCAUUGCAGUUUGGAUGCAGCUUGCAUUAUAAUGCAUGAGCUAUUUUAAAUAUAACUAAUUCAUAAGAUACAACACAAAUACGCAAUGCAAUACCAAUUGCUCGUACAAAACGUCACCUCAAUACAAGACGCAUCCUCAUUGGACUGGCUUGCCAGUGAUUUUCAUUUUCCCCUGGAGUGCGUACAGUCAUGUAUUUUGUCAAAUGUGUGUUUUACCAUUUUGUGUCUUUGGGUUGCUGUUUUAAAAAAAAAAGAAAGAUCCUCAAUUUUAAUCAAACGCUUGUUUUUAAACUCGGCACGUGUUUGCACUACAGAUUUAUUUUUAUUUUGUCUUUCGGCAGCGGUCUUUAUUGACUUGAAGAAGGCCAGAUAAUGUGCACGGCUGCAGACUUGUGGAGUUUAAUGUUUGGAAUUUGUACGAUUAGGCAAGGACCCGUGUGGCUUACUUCGAGGUAUUUCUAAUUUCUAAUUAUACAGUUCCAUGAGCAUGUUGCAUUGAUGAAUGUGUCGUCCGUUAUUGCAGGAACAAAGUACUGUACAGCGAAACCUCGCUUCGACGUUUUUAAGGGGACCCGCCAAAUCGAAUGUUAGAUGCGUGAAAAUGUAGAGUAAUGAGACAGAUGACUUUUGAAGGGGGCAGGGGCUUUAAAAUAGGGUGUUAAAUAUGUAAACAUUCUCCACCAUAAAUAGCUCCUCCAAGCAUCCUUCCUGCUACACUUCUGUGGCCUACUAACUCACCCAAAGGCGAGUGGCACCUUUGCAGGGCAACGUCUAGUCAAGGUUUGCUGAAAGGUUGUUCUGAAAAUGUCGUACCAUUACAUUCACAAGCAUUUGAAACCAGGCACAUUCGUGGCUGGCCACUUUGAAGCACACUUAAAAUCUGCAGGACUGGCUGAGUGCUGUGAUCCUUGAUUUACUCAGCCACCUUGUAUAUACCAUUUUUUUCUACCAUACUACCCAAACUUUUUGCUGCAAUAUUCAAGUACGAUUUCAAUUUGUGUUGCUUACAUCUGAAGCAAUCCUAACCUUGACUCACCUCUCCGACCUUGCCUAGAUUCCAACUCAUAAAGAUCAUGCCACUCUGGGCCACUCCGCUAGGGCACAGUUGGUUAUGGAAAGGAUGUGUGCAUAGUGCAGUCAGUGUCUGUGCAAGGAGGAGACAAUCGUGAGCUUAACGAAACAUCCCACAUUUUGAUGAAGGCGUGGGACAAACACCGUGUUUCGUUGUUGUCACUCCGCGAUUUUAAAGUUGCUGCUUUUAGGCCCAGUUUACAGCCACUGUAAAUGCUGGAGAGGGUUCAGCUCUGUAGUUCUUUGGAGCCCUGAUCAUUGAUGCGAGACGCCACGAUGGCAAGAUGUUAACUCCCUCGCCUGAUAUGCAGGAGGUCGUGGAUUCAAUCCAAACCCUGGCGCCUGUUGUAUAUUUGGAGUCUGUGUCUUCUCCCCGUGGUCGCGUGGGUUUUUCUCCGGGUCCUCCGGUUUUUCCCCUCCACAUUUAGAAACAUGCGUUCAGCGUAUUUGGCCGCUAUGAAUCUUCACAUAAGCCACUUCAUUGAGCUAUUAUGUGAGGCCGUGUCACUUCUUAAAAAUAGCUAUAUAUAUCGGUGUGCGUUACCUGGUAAAAUAAAUAAAAAUAUAUAGUUUCAUAGUUGAACUCUCAAAAGAACACUCGACAAUGCUCAGCUCGGCAAUUGUCUUGGGAGCCUUGUCAUCACGAACGGAUUUUGUGCAGCCACGUUCAGCCCGGCUGCACAACUCGCCGCCACAGUUUGUAUGGAGCUGGUGAUGGGUGUGCAACUCUACGUUUCCUUGCUCAUGUUACAGCCGGUGGUUGGACCUCUAAUAAAGGGAGCUCAUUUUUAGGCUCACAAGGUGUUGUGCGGGUGUUUUCCCGUGAUUCUGUACGGCACGUGUGUCUUCAUCUUGUGCAUGCAGAUGAACCAAUUACGUAGCGGACACGGCCUUAUUAAUCGCACAAAGGGCCUUCCCUAGAGAGCUGCAGAGCCUCGUGACCAUCCCAUGAAAUGGUUGUACAUUAACAUAACACUCUUGACUGUGAGUACUUGCCAAAUGUUAUGUCAAGUGAAUGGAAGCAUUUACCUCCAAUUGUACAUGCUUCUGUCGGGUUUUAAAGUUACAGCUCUGAUGUUUUAAAAUGUGGACCUGUUGCGAAAAGAAUAAUGUUUUUUAUUAUUAUUAAACGAGUUUACAAUCA